AUCCCUAUCCCUAUCCCUAUCCCUCUCCACAUGAACCCUAUCCCUAUUCCCGUCCCUGUCCCUAUUUUGCCGACUCCCUGCGCGGCGAGCGCGGGAGCCCGUUAAGCCUUGUGGCCUCAGUCACUCAUCAACCGACCAUCGAUUACGGGGCCUCGGGGCGCUGCGCGGGAGGCAGUUCAUACCUGGACCCAACUUCCCACAGCGACACCCUCAAUCUCAACCUCCUGCAUCGCGCCACCAUUGCAUUGCAUUGCAUUGCAUUGCAAAUAUCACACCCCUUUUCAAAUGGCUUCCCUCUCUCUCUCGCUCCAAAGGUUGCGGGAAGGUACUUUAGUGUUUGUGACCGCUCCACCUCCCUCCGAGGGCGGCUGGGCUCGCUCUCUCUUUCUCUCUCUCUCUCUCUCUGUAUCUCUCUCUCGCCCCCCCCCUCUCCUCCGGACCCCAGCUGCGCCUUCCCUCAAGCGUAGUCAGUCUGGAAUGCAAAUUUCCCAAGACACAGGGACAGCACAGUGAGUGAGCACAGUAGUACAGUACAGUAGGUACAGUACUCGUAGGUACAGUACAGAACUCUGCACAGGAUGGAGCAAUGCAGAUCCAGAUCCAGUCCUGACACCUGACACCUGACUCCCGUCCUGACUGGCCAGCACCCUCAGCACCCUCAAAAGAAUCCUCGUCUCAGUUUCCUCUUGCGGCAGCUUCGUGCCGGGGAAACUCUGGCCACGUGCACACAGUGGCAAUUGUCGUCCAGACUGACUCUACUGACUCGCUGCCUACCACUCAGCGUGCAAUCGGCCAUCUUAUCCGAGUCAUAUCUCGCUCACCAAACGACGUCCCAUCCGCGUCCAUGCAGCGAUCCGUUGCGACGCCGUCAUGAAUAUUCCGCCUCGCCAACGCCUUCGUUUUUGCCUCCAACGUCACAGGCAAAUAAUGUAGCUUGCCUUUCUUUGACUCUGGUAAGAAGGGGGGGGGAAACCUUGGGUCUACCCGUUAAGAUUCAUCCCACUGCUGCAGUCCAUGUGGCCGAGAGCCCUGGAGUGGACGACGAACGUACCUAGGUACAUAUGAUCUAGGCGAUGGAAGUUUUUCGUGUCUUAUGGGAAACAUGCAUGCCAAACCCAGCCGACGUGCACCUUAUUCUCACGAUCCACUUGAUCCUGCCAUGCUGUCAAUUCCAACAGCCCUUUCUCUUCCUCUCAUCUAACAACUGGAAUGUACUUCAAUGUCGCCACCAGUUACAUUCAAGGCCACUGAAGGGCCAGUCUACGUCGAGGCUGUCAUGCCUCCCCGCAAGCCAGCUUCAUGUGUCAUUGGAAUUGACGUCGGCGGUACCAACACAGACAGUGUUAUCUUACAGAAUGACAAAGUCCUCGCGUGGCACAAAACUCCAACCACGACAGAUAUACAGGAAGGCGUGGAAAGAGCAAUUGCCGCUGUCGUACAAAAAGCAAAGAUACCAUCCGAUCACGUGGGAUCUGUGAAAAUUGGUACAACGCAAUUUGUUAAUGCUGUCCUGGAACAAGACUCGAGCAAGUUAGACAAAGUUGCAAUUAUUCGACUAUGUGGGCCGUACUCGAAGGGUUCUCCGCCCUUCGUGGACUUUCCUCCCAAACUUCGAGCCUUGAUGGAAGGCCACUUCGGGUAUGUGGAUGGCGGUUACCAAGUCGAUGGAGAACUAAUACUACCCCUGAACAUCGAUCAACUGAAAGAGCAAGCAUCCAUCAUCAAGUCGAAAUCAAUUACCAGCGUGGUGAUCAUUGGCAUAUAUUCACCAUCAAACCCGACACAAGAAGAAGAGGCUCAAAAAGUUCUUGCCGAAGAACUUGGCCCUGGGUAUGACAUCUCAUGCUCAUAUGCUAUCGGUAGGCUAGGUUUCCUCGAGCGAGAAAACGCUAGCAUAUUGAAUGCUAGUCUGCGACGAUUCGCAAGACAUGUCAUUGAUGGGUUCCAUUACGCCGUUCAAAAACUUGGAAAAUGCAAGCUAUACAUCACCCUUAACGACGGCACUUUAAGCAGGGCUUCCACAGCAGCCGAGUACCCAGUCCGAUGUUUUUCCUCAGGACCAACGAAUAGUGCUCGCGGAGCGGCUUUACUAGCCAAAGUAGAGACCUCCGAUAUGUCAGAUGAUCGCGAGAUCCUUGUCGUCGACGUAGGAGGAACAACCACCGACAUUUGCGCGUUGUUGAACACGGGUUACCCGAGACAAUCCGCAGCUUUCGUCAAGAUUGCUGGUGUGAGGACGAACUUCACUAUUCCUGAUGUGCGAAGUAUUGCCCUAGGAGGAGGAUCACUAGUCAGAGUCAGGGGAGCUCAAACGACUGUUGGCCCUGACUCGGUUGGCGCGGAUCUUGAUAAGGAAGGCAUCUCAUUUGGAGGCCAAACACUGACAGCUACCGAUCUUGUGUCAAAGAAAGCUCUCGCUAGAGAUCAUGUGUCAGCCCAAGUUCGUACAUCUGCUCUAUUCGAAAUUCACAGAGCUCUGGAAGAAGCAAUCGAUAUUGUCAAGACAAGGCAAGGAGAUGCAAAGGUAAUUCUGGUGGGAGGUGGGAGCAUUAUCAUCCCGGGGAAGAUUGCUGGUGUUAGUGAAGUCGUCAGGCCAAAGUAUCUUGAAGUUGCCAAUGCUGUCGGAGCAGCUAUCGGGAAAAUCAGUGGCGCGGUUGAUAUGACAGUCGUUCCAGGAUCCAGGACCAUCGGUCAAGAAAUAGAAACCGCAAAGGCUCUUGCCACCGAAAGGUGUGUUGCAGCAGGUGGAAACAUCAAAACGAUCGAGGUCGUAGAAGUCGAUGCUGUCCCAGUCUCGUACGUCACAAAUGGCGCAACUCGACUUUUAGUCAGGGUUGUGGGAGACCUAGUAGAAGGAUACGAAGAGACACACACCUCACCGGACUCGCCCAUAACAAGCGAGACGCGCGAGAAACUCUCACCUCCACUGUUGAGGAUAGCGAGCGCUGGGGACUCGUCAGCUGCCACUAAAGGAUGUUCUUACGAAGUUCCCGAGCAUAUCGAUAUCAAUGGAUAUCGGCCCAGGAUCGAGGGUGAUUUUUGGUAUUUGUCAGAGCUGGAUCUCCAAUUCCUCCAGGACGGGACGGGGGUACUGGGCGUGGGAAGCUGCGGCGAGCCGUACCCAGCAUAUAUUGGAUGUUUGCUAGCCCUAAGGAACGGCGAGCAUAUCACCAUCAGACGGCAAGAUACACUUCCAGAUGAUGCUGUUGUCCUUGUCGCUGGGUUUAUGGGAUCGCCUACUGUUUAUCUUGAACGAAUUCCAGGUUUGAAAGAAGUCACCGAAGCUAUGAAAGGUGUGAUGCAAGCAGCCGGAAUCUCCAAAUUUGACGCCGUGAUUCCGAACGAAAUCGGAGGCAUGAACGCUUUUGAAGCUUUACUCGCUGCACAUCGAUUUAAUAAAAGCGCGCUAGACUCAGAUCUUGUAGCCAGGGCCUACCCCAAAGUAUGGCAGACAGUCAGAUGCUUGAAAGACAUUCCCAUCGCCCCUGCUGCUGUAGCAGAUGGUGUUGGAAGUACAAAGAUGUUCCCCAAAGCUCGUGAUAACCUCCACGCAGAAGAUCUCAUGCGCGAUGCGUGUACAGAUCUUGGCUCCCUCUCCGGGAUGUGCGUCAAUCCAGUGCACGGCGUUGAAGCCAGGACAUUACCCAAAAACAGCUUCUCACAUGCGUGGAUGAUCGGCCGCUCCAUUGCGCUCUCCCGCUCCCUCAAACAAGACCCCGUAACCUCCCUUCUCGCCUCCGAGCACGGCAUCCUCCUCUUCACCGGCAAAAUAAUAUCUGUUACCCGGCACGUUGCUGAGGGUUUCACUCGUGGAAGUGUCCUGCUCGAAGCAUUCUCCGAAAGUCUCUCUGCUACAUCCGACACCGUCACAUCUUUGCUCGUGGAUUUUGAGAACGAGAACCUCAGCGCUAUUCUUCAAACACCGGGACAAGCCGAUCAAGUCCUCGCUGUCUGCCCGGACCUGAUCACCUUCCUCGACAAAGCGAAUGGUGCGCCGUUGGGAAUCUCAGACUACAAGUAUGGACUUCGUGUGAGUGUUAUUGCGCUACGUGCACCGCCGAUGUGGACUACAGAGCGGGGAUUGGAGAUGGGCGGGCCGAAGGCAUUUGGGCUGGAUAUGGAUUAUGUGGGUGUUAGUGUUGGGGAAUACGAGGCACCCAAGAGUGUCUGGGAGAUGUUUGGGGAGAAGAAUGGAAGGAACGAGUUAUGAAUGAAAUGGAUAGAUGAUAUCUUGGUUUUGCAUUUUGGGGUCUAUAUCUUAGAGGAGGGUAGACUUGUGUCCCCGUGGAUGAUUGUGCGUUCCAUCUCGUGUGCUGUCGUACGCACCUAAAUAUCAAAAUUCUGUCUCCCCACGUCGGAAUCACGCUCGUCUUGGCUCAUUGGCUCGCCAGGUGUAAACAAAUUCGGCU